ACUGUCAUUCUUAGCGGAGUAUUGGUAAGCAAGCACAAUUUUGGGAAGCUGAGUUUUGGUUGUUAGUACCACAGUACAGUAAGAUACAGUGACGUGUUUGUCUUCAUUGACAUUUAGGCUAGAUACAAAUUGACAUUAGGCCUAUAUCAAAUUCAACGUGAAGGGGCUUGGUGGUUAUCCCCGAGCGCGUCAAGCUGCCUGUGUCACAGGCAUUACGCCAGGCUAUGUACCACCAAACGCCAGUUGUGAAGAAAAAAACAGAAAAAAUCAAAAGGUAGACUCUUGGGUGUAUCGUGUGGUGAAUCACGAUAAACAAAGCCUAAUUAGUUCAGAAAUUUAAAUAUUCGGCUAGCUGCUAUUUGCAGCUGAAGAUUAUGUGAGUGGGGAACUCGCCCGCUGCGUUCCGGAGUAAGAAUGUGUGGCAAGGGCAUGGUACUAUGCCAGGGGCUUUACAACAGACAGUACUGUAAAGACAAGUUCACGGAUGAUUCGAGGAGAGACAGCAGCAAACACUGGUACAAGUGCGGAAAGCAGCAAGGAUGUCAGGGGAAAAGGAGAAGGGCACAUGGAUAUCCCGAGCCCCGCAGACUGAAUCGACGAAGACCACGUCCAUCAGGUACGGUCUUGCGCCCUGUAAACAUAAAAGGAAACAGGGCACCAGGUAUGAGAGCACCAAGAAAUACAAACCAGUUUCUUAUGCACGAAAAGUAUCAGAUGAUGCAUAUGCGAUCAGAUUCCGUGGGAACGGAGAGUGGAUCGGACUGUGAAAUGGAUUUUGCGGAUAUGGACUCUUAUCUUGGUGUUUUGGAGAACGCUAGAGGCGCACUGUUGGACAGUCUUGAGCUCUCUUCAAAGCCAUCAGCUUUAUUUUGUCCUCAACAAUUGGCCAAAUGUCAAGCAUAUCCCUUCUUCGGCUUCGCUGAGCUUGAUCAAGAGGAAAGUAUGCAGUAUUAUCCAUCUGAAGAUGACGUUAAUCAAAGUGAAGAUUUCAUGCAAAAAGACUUCAAUGAAUUUUGUAGUACUAUUGCUCCACUUGUGUAAAGGAUCUGUUUGUGUUCACGUCAGAUUUUUAAAUAAUUUAUGUUAAAGUUUCAUUUGACGGGAGCAAAACCUUCCACAUUCAGUUUUUUUUCUGUAGGCCUGCAUGAAUUUGUCAAGCCUAUGUUGUUUUGACGGGCGUUGGGGUAGGAGUGUGACUAACCAGCCAAUCACAUUUCAGCUUGUCCGAUGGCAACACACUUCUUGUUUAAAGUUGCCCUAUGCAAAUGGUAUUGGGAAAUAAAUUAAAUUGGUUGUUGUUUUUGCUAUUUCUGCAUGUAUGUGACGUAGACAGGUUACUACUCAGUGUCAACAAUAAGGCAAGGCUUAGGACACGCAGGAAACGUGUGUGGGUUAGAGAUUGAUAUCCUGGGCAGCCUAUCUUGGAGUUGGUGCACUUGAAAUGUCUUGUAGCCUACGGUGUCUUAAUGGGGAUGUAUGUUACUAAUAAACUAGAUAUAUAUCUAUGGGAUAAACAAUUAGCAUGUCAUCACAAGCAAGCGUUUUACCUUAUUUACUGCAGAUGUGACUCAUUUGAUACUCAAUCAUAAUACUACUUCUGUGCAAUAAAGAAGUGCGACAUCUCCAAGUA